AUGGGGCACUGAAGUAAAAGGAGCACUCAGAGCUAGCUAGGGUGUGGGACUGUUCAGGGCUCAGGUCUGCUCCUCAUCUCAUCUCUCAUGUUCAAUGUCAUUCUGGAUCUCUCAGCCUUACCAGUGAACAAUUACAACUGAGGAGUACCAAGAACAACCGGUCUGUCUGUCUGUCUGUCUGUUCAAUUUUUAGCUUCAUUUUAUUGCCUUAGUAACUCACCCAAACAGCCACCAUGGAGGCCAUCAAGAAGAAGAUGCAGAUGCUCAAGCUGGACAAGGAGAAUGCCAUCGACCGGGCAGAACAGGCAGAGACGGAGCAGAAAGCAGCCGAGGACAAGUGCAAACAGCUGGAGGAUGAACUGGUUGGCCUGCAGAAAAAGCUCAAAGGAACUGAAGAUGAACUGGACAAAUACACUGAAGCUUUGAAAAAUGCCCAGGAGAAACUGGAGCUCUCAGAGACGACAGCUUCAGAUGCUGAGGGAGAUGUAGCUGCCCUGAACCGCAGAAUCCAGCUGGUGGAGGAGGAGCUGGACCGAGCCCAGGAGAGACUGGGCACAGCACUGCUGAAGCUGGAGGAGGCCGAGAAAGCAGCAGAUGAGAGCGAAAGAGGUAUGAAGGUGAUUGAGAACCGGGCCAUGAAGGACGAGGAGAAGAUGGAGAUCCAGGAGAUGCAGCUGAAGGAGGCCAAACACAUUGCAGAGGAAGCUGACCGCAAAUAUGAGGAGGUGGCCCGUAAACUGGUGAUUCUGGAGGGGGAACUAGAGCGAGCGGAGGAGAGAGCUGAGGUCUCAGAAAUUAAAGCCAGUGAUCUGGAGGAAGAGUUAAAAAAUGUAACUAACAAUCUUAAAUCACUGGAGGCAUCGUCUGAGAAGUACUCUGCCAAAGAAGACAAGUAUGAGGAAGAAAUCAAGGUCCUUACUGAUAAGUUGAAAGAGGCUGAGACUCGUGCAGAGUUUGCUGAGAGGACAGUGGCCAAAUUGGAAAAAUCUAUCGAUGACCUGGAAGAAAAAUUCGCAACUGCGAAAGAGGAGAACCUGGGAAUGCAUCAGGUUCUGGAUCAGACACUGCAGGAACUAAACAGCUUAUAAGUCUGAUGAGGAAGAUGGCAACAAGAAGAGAAGGAGAAGAGGAGAAACAGGAAGAGGAGGAGGAGGAGGAGGAGGAGAACAGACAUCGUUCCACAUUCCAUGAAAUUUCACACCUCACUUUCCAUUUAAGGCAGUAAAGUCUCAUACCUUAUGACAGGGGAUAAACUACAUUAUUGUUAACAGGUUGUAUGGUUCUGGAAAUGUAUUGAUAUCUCCACCAAAAAUAUACAAUCCAUAAUUACAAUGUUUACAGGAUUGUGAUUUAUUUUAUUUCGUUUUUUUUUUAUUUGUUUGUUUGUUUACAGCCCAGUGCUCACCACAAAAUCACCUCAGUAUGGUUUUGGUGAAACUGUGAUCUGAGUAUAAAAUGAGCACUCUAUGUACAAUAUGCUGAAUUAUUUAUGUAGGCCUAAUUUGAGAAUGUUUUAAAGGUUCAAUUGAAUUCUUCAAAAUAUAGCUCAGUUAUGCCACCUACUGGGAAUAUUUCUUGUAAAAUGAGAUGUGGUUCCAAAGGCAGGACAUUGCACACAUUGAUACGAUCUAUGUAAAAACCGGUAUAUUGGAUGUCAUGCAAAUUUGAAUACCCUUUGCAUGUUUUCUGAAUGAUAUUCAGCCUCAGACUCAGACUCAGAAGACCAUGUGUAUGCAGAAGUAUGCCUCAGGCAUUUCUUCUUUAUUGCAAAAGGUGAUAUUGUAUGUUCCUCUAUGGUGAAUGCAUUAAUGGGAAGCCCAUAUUCAGAUGUUCUGUGUGGGUCCAAAGUUUCAUAUGGUAACUAAACCAAAGAAUAAACACAACCAGUGAAUAAUGAUUCAA